AUGUCGUUUUCUUCGAGAGAUUACCUUUUUCUCCAAGAAAUUAGUAGCAAUAUUAUGCCUCAUGAUCAACCAAAUCGUCCUACUAAUAAUGUAGCUCCGUAUCGAAUGCGCAUGCAAAUUUUUGACACAACUGUUAUAGAAUUACGUGCCCAACCGAUUGUUAAUGAAGUUGUUGAUGAUGAAGAAAAUUAUAGUGAAUUUUUGGAUGAUAACGAUGAUGAUGAUGAGGACGAUGAGGAGGACGAAGACGUGGACGUGUCUAAAUAUUCUAAAACAAGAACUUAUCAUGUUCCAACUAUGGAUCUUAUAAGUGGUGAUCAUGAUAUUGUUGAUGAAGCAUGUGCUAUUUGCUUAAUUGAAUAUAAUGAAAAAGAUACUAUUGGUACACUUCAAUGUGGCCAUGAAUUUCAUGUUGAAUGUAUCAAGAAGUGGUUGAUGAGAAAGAAAACAUGUCCCUAUUGUAGAGCUCAACUUUUGCCCUCACAUGAAAAAAUAUCAUCCUCUUAAUUUGAAAUGCUUUUAUUUCUAUUUUGCUUGUGAUUGUGAUUCGAAGAG